AGUGGAAAGGAUUGUCUCAUAGAGCCUAAAGUUGGUAAGAAAAAAAGAGCGAGACAGGCGUAGCGCAGAAGAGUCGCCGUAGUUGUCCACAUUUAAGAUAACUGACCAUGACAGAGAAGACAAUCAAAUUUUGGAUUAUUGAUUCUUUGGAAAGUCUGUCGGCCAAAGAUUUAAAGAAGUUCAAAGUAAUGUUAUGCGAUCGGGAGGAGGAACCGCGCGUUACCAGACGUGCGGUCGAAGAUGCAGACGAAAUGGACUUGGCCGAUCUUUUGGUUAAGUUAUGUACAGAAUCGAAGGCAGCCCAUGUAACUAUUGACAUCUUUAAAAAGCUUGGAUUUAACAAUGAAGCUGCCGUGCUUGCGUCCAAAGUUCCGAGUGGAGAUGGCAGUUCUGGAGGUUACACAUCGAACUACAUGACCGGAGGUGUGCACUUCAUUGACAAGCAUCGCAUCUCGCUGAUCGAGAGAAUCACCACAGUGGACCCCAUCUUGGAUCGCCUGCUGAUGAAAAAAGUCAUCACCCAGGAGAACUAUAGCGACAUCCGCUGCCUGAACACCAGUUACAAGAAGAUGAGGGAGCUCUUUGAAAUGGGCAAUGUUCGCAGCAGUGUAAAAGGCAAAGACUGCCUGUAUGAGGUGCUGAUGGAGUCGGAGCCCUUCGUCAUGGAGGAGCUCAAGGAGAGAUCCUAAUUCCAACGACAGCACCACACCUGUGCCACUGAUAGUCAAAGUCCAGCCACUGAUAGUCAAAGUCCAGCCCCUAAACAGAGCCGUGUGCAAUGGCCCACCAAAAUGUUUACUUUAAUAGGAGCCCUUGGCACUUCCUGUAGGGACCCCUAUAUUUUAAUCUUUCCAUGUCCCUGUUAAGGACAUUUUUGAUUAUGUCAGUGCAAAUACAAGGCUCUUGACUGGCCACAUGAUACCAUCAUUUUCCACUAUCUUUAGUCACAUGUGUAGUCUUGCAGUUGGAGGGUAUUAUGUAUGUUUAUGUUUAGAAUUCCAUAUUCAUUCCAGCUUGGCACCUGCUCAUUAACAAAUGUGGAGGACUUUGAUUAUCAGUGAUCCACAGUGCGCCAUUUGUCUCAAGGAUUUUGAUGAUAAUUCCGCCAUCCAGAGCCAUUUCUGGGUGAACUGUUACACAGCACGAACUGAGGGAGUUGUGGUCAAGACAGCCCAUGGAAAACCGGUCCAAUAGUGAAAUGCAAUCAUUUCUGGUAGGGGGUGUGCCCUCCUGCCUGGCUGGGAGCAAAGCAUGUGACCUUAAUAUGCUUCACUCACUGCAAGUCAUGGAAGUAGAGGAGGUGACAACAUCUCCCAACCACAUAUCUAGGUUUUUUUUAAUUGAAUCCGUAAUAUUUUUACCCUGAAGCUGUAGGCAGACAGGAAUAGGUAUUUUCUCUUACUCUUUCUCUCUCUCUCUCUCUGGGUGCCUCUCAACAUCUCUCCUCGAUCCUCGAUGCACGAUCCUCGAGGGGUGUUCCCACUGAUCUAUAACUAACACUGGAUAGACUAUCCCAUUGUUGCCGCCCCAUCAUUCUUUAUGUAGAUCAGUGAGGAUCGAGGCCCGAGGAGCGAGGGAGGACGUAUAAAAGCCCAAAUGAGAGGCACCCAUACUCUCUCUCUCUCUCUCUCUCUCUCUCUCUCCCUCUUUUUUAAAGCAUGCUGGCCAAAAGAAGGGCACCAGAUCUGCCAGAAUUCCACUGUUUGUUACAAUUGAAUUUUUUAAAUUUUUUAAUAAAUGUACCUUGAUGACCUCCCA